CUUCUCCACUCUCCACUUAUCAUUACUCCACUAAGAGAAGAAGAGAGUGAUUCAAUUUAACGGAUACGGAGAGGAGAUCGAGAUGGAGGUGAGAGUGGUUUUGUUGACGAUUGUGUUAGCCGCCGUUACUUUUUCCGUUAACGCUUGCUCGCCGGCGGACCUGGCGGCGCUGCUAGACAUCAAGGCGGCUCUGGACGAGCCUUACUUGGGCAUCUUGGAUACUUGGAGCGGCACCAAAUGCUGCUCCGGCUGGUACGGCGUCACCUGCGACCCCACAAACAACCGGGUGGCCGACAUUAGUCUCCGAGGAGAGUCCGAGGAUAAGAUCUUAGUCAAAGCCGGCCGGUCUGGGUACAUGAAGGGCUGGAUUUCUCCCUCCGUUUGUAAGCUCGACCGUCUCAGUACACUCAUUUUGGCCGACUGGAAGGCGGUUUCCGGCGAGAUUCCGCCGUGUAUCACCGCUCUUUCUAACCUCCGGAUUCUCGACCUCACCGGGAACCAAAUCACCGGCCAAAUUCCGGCCGACAUUGGGGAGUUCAGUAAACUUACUGUUCUCAAUCUCGCCGACAAUCAAUUCUCCGGUUUUAUUCCCAACUCCAUUGUUAACCUGGGAAGCUUAAAACACCUGGAUCUCAGCGCCAACAAGCUCACCGGAGAACUCCCAUUAGAUCUCGGAAAACUCACCAUGAUGAGCCGGGCACUUCUUCAGAAAAACCAACUCACCGGUCCAAUCCCAACCUCAACCGCCAACCUCCGCCGCCUCGCAGAUCUCGAUUUAUCAACGAACCAGCUCUCCGGUUCAAUCCCGGGUUUUCUCGGCUCCAUGCCGGUUCUCUCCACGCUAAACCUCGACAGCAACCAGCUUUCCGGCGCAAUACCCGCCGGCCUGCUAAGCAACUCCGGUUUAAACAUCUUGAACCUCAGCCGGAACUCCAUUGAAGGCGAACUUCCCGACGUUUUCGGCCCAAGCACAUAUUUCACCGCUCUCGACCUGUCCCACAACAACCUCCGAGGCAGGGUUCCGAAAUCCUUAUCGUCGGCUAAGUACAUCGGCCACUUGGAUCUGAGCAACAACCACCUCUGCGGCACUAUUCCGACCGGUUCGCCGUUCGACCACCUGGAGGCCUCCUCGUUCGCCAACAACGAUUGCUUGUGCGGAUCGCCGUUACGUACUUGUUAAUUAUUUUUCGAGUCAUUUUAUUUUAUUUUAUUUUAUUUUUAUGGUUUUAAUUAACCGACAAUAAUUCACUCGGUUGCUAUAAAUUAUAAUUUGUGUACUAUUAUAUACUAUUAUUAUUUAUUAGCGGUAAGUUUUUUCGUCUUGUUAAUGUUGUUAUAGUGAUAUAUUUUCUGGGUGGGAUGUGGAUGACUUUGUUGCGUCAUGCAUGCACGUGAAAUAUUUGUAUACUUUUAUGAAAGAAGCAAAAUGUAGUUGAAAUUUGAAGGGCAAAAAACAUGUAAUAUCUCUCCGCCUAUAUAGCAUGAGAUUUUAUAUAA